AUGAACUGUAGGCCAACAAAACUCAAUACAUCUGCUAAAGAAAAGCAGGUUGACCAAGAAAAUUCUGAUCUGGAACCGGUAUCAACCAUUCUCAGAAUCACUAGAACCAUUCCACAAACCACGCAGUUUCAGCCCAUUCUUCCGGUACAUUUUGACGAGUUGAAUAAGAUAUGGCCAGAGAACCCGCGUAUUCCUUCUGUACAAUCACGUAAAGCCUGGGCGCUCGCUCGAGGCUUGAACCCAGUGAAUGUAAACAACUGGUGGUACCGACGACGAAAGGUGGCGAAGAAGUCGAAGUUUUCGAUUCCUAGGGAUACGUAUGAACUUGAAGUUGGAAACCCUCCUCCGGUUCCUGCGCCAAUUAUCAAGGAGGAACCAAAGCUCGUUGUUUUGGACUACACGGACCCAGGGGAGGUCGACCAUAUGGACGACGAUGACUUUACAGUGACUUCACCGGAGACGCAUAUACCGGGCUCUGAUGACACCUGCUUUUCCAUGGAUCUGACUAUUGUUCCUUCAAGUCCUAUAAUGGCCGAUAAAAAUACGAUGACGAUCAUUACAGAUGAGAAUCACGUUUCCUAA